UCUGGCAGUAGUUCAUUCAAUCAAAGGACACAGUCAGAUACUACAAACAAAGGUAUUUAUUAGAUACUCGGGCGACUAUUAAGUCACUAUACUUUUACCCCGCCACCAACAGCAAAGAGUUUAAACCUGAUUCAUUAUGGUGGGUUAUGAGAUGACACUUGGAGACGUAGAGAGGUGCCUUGACAACGGCCAUGUGGAAGGUGGCUUUGUGUACAACUCAACGGUGACACCUGGUACGGACACCAAGGCCUCCAGAGGUUGGUUAUGGAAGCUGUGUGUGGUCAUCUUAGUUGUGGCUUUAUGCGCGGCCACUGCCCUGAUCUUUGCAUGGAAUCAGCAUGAAAGAAUGACAAUGGAUAAAAUGGUAUCUCAGAUGCAGGAACCAACUGAUGCAAGAGAUCUCCAUCCACACUUGGAGCAGAUUGGCGACAAAGCAAAAGCAGCCAUCCAUUUGGAAGGUGAAUACAGCCCGGACAAUAUAACUGAUGCAUUGCAGUGGAGACAGGAUGAAAUCCAGACAUUUUCCCAGGGAGGGUUCCAGCUACAAGGCAACAAAAUCCUCAUUCCACACACUGGGCUUUUCUUUGUCUAUAGCCAGGCUUCGUUCCGGGUCAAAUGCCACCACCCAGGCAACCAUGCAAUCACUGUAAGUCACAUUGUGUGGCGUUAUUCAGACUCCAUCAGGGCUAAGGCUAAUCUUCUUAGCGGUUUAAGGUCAAUUUGUCAACGGAACUACAGUGACGCUGGGUCCAAUGGAGGCGAAGGUUGGUAUAAUAGCGUAUACGUUGGAGGGGUGUUUCAGCUGGAUGAAGGAGACAAACUGUGGACAGAGACCAACCGACUGACAGAUGUGGUACCAGAGCAGGGGAAGAACUUUUUUGGUGUAUUUGCACUAUUUUGAGAGCGAGGCAGCACAGACUUUAAUAUUUGUUAAAGUAGUUUUAUGUUAAAACUACAAUGUUGUUGUUGCUAUUGUGACUGAA